AUGCGUUCAACCCUGUUCGUGGUCUUCGGUGCCCUUGCUUGCGGGGCAAUGGCGCAAACUGCUUCCUUCGAUGGAAUGACUUGGGACUUUGUCACUGUCGGACAAGUGUGGCCGAUUCACUGGACCGCUGGUAAUGGCACGCCUGUUUCGUUGUUUUUGGGAAACACGACAGCGAAUUCAUCAAUUUUCACGAACCGUCCUGCAACCUCAGGAGAGUUCGACUGGACCGUCACCCUUCCUGAUGGCUUCGUGCCCGGCAAAUACGGUCUGGCUUUGCAGCAGAGUGGUGCCACGGACUAUUCUUCAUUAUUCAGUGUCCUGUUGGCCUCCGUCAGCUCGACCACUAUGAUGACGACCUCAUCGUCAACACCAACAUCAAGGACCACACUGAUGACCACACCGAUGACCAUACCAAUGUCAAAUGCAACACUCAUCUCUGCUAGCGUGGCGGCCACUGUGACCGUCACGUAUUGGGAGGAUAAGUGUGGUUGUACCAAAACGACCACCGUUUGCGCCGCCACUGCCACCAACCUACCAGGCACCCAAUACACCUGGUGGGACGAAACUUGUGGAUGCACCAAGACUGCGAUGGCUCCAGCUUCAACAGGGGCUCCUGGUUGCAGUGGAAGCGGAUAUGGUUGCUCCAAUCACACUGCUCCAGCUGGGACAAACAUGCCACCGCCUCCUCCGGCUUCCAUGGCAAUUCCAAGUUGGGAAACAAGAUACACUGGCGAGGCAAACGGACGGGUAAACUUGGGGUUGACAAUGGUAGGAUUGAUCGCUGCGGCAAUGCUCGCAUAA